UCCACAAAAACCUCAGAAGCUUCCGGCCACCUGGUGGCGGUCCAUCCUGCAUUCAAGGCCAAAUGAAAUUUGGCGCAGGCCUCACCUCUGCCGUCCCCUUCCUAACGGAACAAUGCUCCGACUGUCAAGGAAAGUGGAGAUUUUUUCCGGUAUCAUUAAGGUCAUCCUUGUUCCAGGCCCUACAUAAUUCCUGUCGGGAAAAAUCCACUGUGCCCAAGAAAAUUAUUCCCAACAUUGCCUUGUGUGACAAAAAUACAAAGGAGUCUGCAAAUGCACUUGACAAGCUCUUCUCUUCGGAACAGCAGGCUUCCAUCUUGCAUGUGUUGAAUACAGCAUCUAAUAAAGAACUUGAAGCUUUCAAAUUGCUUCGUGGAAGAAAGUCCAUCAAUAUUGUAGAGCACAGAGAAAAGUACGGGCCAUUUCAGAAUUUGGAGAGUUUAACGAAUGUGCCCUUGUUCCAGUAUAAAACUGCCGUCCAAGUUUGUAACUCCAUCCUUUGUCCCGAGACUGGAGCGAAAAAAAGAAAAUCACAGGAAAACCGGCUAUUGAAAAAGCUUAUCAAACCAGAGAUAGAAAGAGAGAGACUUAAGGCAAUAAAUAGUAUCGUAUCCAUUGUUUUUGGUACUCGAAGAAUUGCCUGGGCUCACCUUGAUCGUAAACUGGCAGUGCUGGACUGGCAGCAAAGUGAAUCCUUCCAGUUGAUGAAAGGAACAUACAUAUCAUCUGUCUAUUUAGAAGAGAUUUCUUCGGUCAUUUCAAAGAUUCCUAAAGCUGACUUCUAUGUUCUGGAAAAAACAGGACUUUCAAUUCAAAACUCAACCCUGUUUCCUGUACUGUUACAUUUGCAUAUCAUGGAAGCCAUGCUGUAUGCCCUAUUGAACACAACUUUUGCCCAGGGCGGCCAGCAUCAGGUCCUGAGCAUGAACCGCAGUGCAGUGGGGAAGCACUUUGAACUGAUGAUCGGUGACACGCGGACUAGUGGAAAAGAGCUAGUGAAGCAGUUCCUCUUGGACUCUGUGCUGAAGGAAGAGCCCCGGGUGUUCUUCCCGUCAGACAAGAUAGUCCACUACCGGCAGAUGUUCUCGUCUACGGAGCACUACAGGAUAGAAGAGCUGUAUGACUCAUUACUGCAAGCUGUUGCCUUCUAUGAAUUAGUAGUAUUUGCCCCUGAACCUUAAAAUUCUGAUGAUUAAUAUAUAAUCUGUUCUAAUGUUAUAUUUAUUAGCUUUAAAGCUGUAAAAACCAACUGUUUUGACAUCCAUGUUAAUGGAGAAUAAAACAUGUUUGAGCGUA